UUGGCUAACAGAUACUGGGCUCCCCAUGCCAAGAAUAAACUACCAUUCGACCCAAAGGUAAGCCUCCUACUUACAUAUAUUAAUUAUUUAUGAAUAUAGUGGAGACGGUCUGCUUGCUCUAACAAACUGUAUUUGUCACCCACUCAGGUCUUGGCGGAUGUCUAUGAGAAAGAGAUUCUCAAGUCCAAGUGAGUGAACUCAAAACUCUUGAAUAGCAUCAGUAUUUUGUCAUGUUAAAUCUUCUUACCACAAGUCAAAUAAAUGGUUUAACCAAAUCCUCCACGUCUGCUAAUUUAUCUUCAGGUUCGCCAUUAGGAAGAUCAUGUUACUGGAGUUCAGGUGGGUUUUUGACCCUUUUAAUAUGGCCUCAAUACAUUAUCAAUUAUAAUAAUUUAUCAUCAGUCAUUUGCUGAUUUUAACAUGCCGCCAUUUGUGUCCUGCCUCUCAGCCAGUACCUCGAGAACUACCUAUGGGUGAACUACAAUCCCGAAGUCUCCAGUAAUGCCUACCUCAUGUCUAUCUGCUGCAUCGUCAAUGAAAAGUUCAGAGAGAAUGUCCCUGCCUGGGAGGUAAGAAUGGAUGCCCUGGCCUGUCAAACAGAAAUGUUGAUCCUUGGUUGUUAAUUUUUGGUUCACAUAGCAAAUUAUUAGCUGUGUUAACAAUCAGUGAGUGUGUUGUUAAACAUUCUAUGUUCUUGUGAGUAUGGCUGUUGCGUGUUGGCUGUACAUGGACAGCACCAGCGAUACUUAGGGCAAAUGUCUCCAGCGAGCAUUGAUCAAUGUCCUCUAUAUCAAUGUCCUCUAAUGUUGUUUUUAACCCUUGGUUUAUUAUGUGUAUCCAGGUGUUUAAGAAGAAGCCCAGCCACUUCCCCUACUUCUUUAAGUGUGUGAUGGAGGCCGUGCUGGCUGGAGAGGAGGCUGGCCUGACUCUGAAGGAACAGACUGUACUGCUGGUCUUCCUCGACCACUGCUUCAACAGCCUGGUAUGUCACACACCAACCAAUUAAUACCUCUCUGGAAAUGGGGAAUUUGUUAUUGGCUGAAUCAACCAGAUAAUAUAUAAGCAUCUUGGGUAUAGGAGAUUGUUUUAUAGCAGGAAGUAUGUUAAUAAAAACCAUAGAAUUAAGUCCCUUCCCUCUGCCCUUGUUCACUCCCCUUGCUGGACUGGAUGGAACUGUACAGGUCAAAGCGAUAUAGCUGAAGUAUAGAUAGAGCUACUACUCAUGCCUACCCAGUAGUCUCAGAUAGGGCUGUUACGGUGACCGUAUUACCGCCACACCGGCGGUCACGAUUCAUGACCGCAGUCAAAUUCCACGUGACCGUUUAGUCACAGUAAUUGGGCUUCUCCAAUCUCUGAUGCUGCUGAUGGUCUUUAGUAGCCUACCAAACUUGCUAACUGCCUGGUACUCAGCACUCUAUUGUCCCUCUAAUCACUCUGACAUCAAUGCAAAUGUAAUCGAAAAUCUAAUCAAACAUUUCAUGAGAGCCCAUGAGCUCAUGUUGCAGCAUCGUUUCUAUAGGCUAUGCAAUUGCGUGAGAAAACAGAGUUUUAAUGGCCUCUAUUAAAAACAGGAGGAACCCGUCAGCUUUCUAUAGGUUAGGUGUACUAUAUUUAUUUCUUUACUUUCCUAAUAUUAAGCACAUUUAUUCGCUUUACAACAGGAGUAUAGCCUACCAGGCUAGCACGAAAAUGAACCACUGAACAUCAUCCUCCAUUUGCUAUUUAAGUGCAUAGGUGACAUAUUUCUUUCCCCUGCCCCUGUUCUGAGACAGGUGCAUGAUAAUGGUCCAUUCUAAAUGAAAAAUAAUUUCACACAUACAGUUGAAGUCGGAAGUUUACAUACACUGUAGCCAAAUACAUUUAAACUCUGUUUUUCACAAUUACUGACAUUUAAUCCUAGUACAAAUUCCCUGUCUUAGGUCAGUUAGGAUCACCACUUUAUUUUAAGAAUGUGAAAUGUCAGAAUAAUAGUAGAGAGAAUGAUUUAUUUCAGCUUUUAUUUAUUUCAUCACAUUCCCAGUGGGUCAGAAGUUUACAUACACUCAAUUAGUAUUUGGUAGCAUUGCCUUUAAAUUGUUUAACUUGGGUCAAAAGUUUCAGGUAGCCUUCCACAAGCUUCCCACAAUAAAUUGGGUGAAUUUUGGCCCAUUCCUCCUGACAGAGCUGGUGUAAUGGAGUCAGGUUUGUAGGCCUCCUUGCUCGCACACGCCUUUUCAGUUCUGCCCACACAUUUUCUAUAGGAUUGAGGUCAGGGCUUUGUGAUGGCCACUCCAAUACCUUGACUUUGUUGUCCUUAAGCCAUUUUGCCACAACUUUGGAAGUAUGGUUGGGAUCAUUGUCCAUUUGGAAGACCCAUUUGCGACCAAGCUUUAACUUCCUGACUGAUGUCUUGAGAUGUUGCUUCAAUAUAUCCACAUAAUUUUCCUUCCUCAUGAUCCCAUCUAUUUUGUGAAGUGCACCAGUCCCUCCUACAGCAAAGCACCCCCACAGCAUGAUGCUGCCACCCCCAUGCUUCACGGUUGGGAUGGUGUUCUUCGGCUUGCAAGCCUCCCCCCUAUUUCCUCCAAACAUAACGAUGUUCAUAAUGGCCAAACAGUUCUAUUUUUUUUCAUCAGACCAGGGGACAUUUCUCCAAAAAGUACGAUCUUUGUCCCCAUGUGCAGUUGCAAACCGUAGUCUGGCAUUUUAUGGCAGUUUUGGAGCAGUGGCUUCUUCCUUGCUGAGCGGCCUUUCAGGUUAUGUCGAUAUAGGACUUGUUUUACUGUGGAUAUAGAUACUUUUGUACCUGUUUCCUCCAGCAUCUUCACAAGGUCCUUUGCUGUUGUUCUGGGAUGGAUUUGCACUUUUCGCACCAAAGUACGUUCAUCUCUUGGAGACAGAAUGCGUCUCCUUCCUGAGCGGUAUGACGGCUGCGUGGUCCCAUGGUGUUUAUACUCGCGUACUAUUGUUUGUACAGAUGAACGUGGUACCUUCAGGCGUUUGGAAAUUGCUCCAAAGGAUGAACCAGACUUGUGGAGGUCUACAAAUUUUUUUCUGAGGUCUUAACUGAUUUCUUUUGAUUUUCCCAUGAUGUCAAGCAAAGAGGCACUGAGUUUGAAGGUAGGCCUUGAAAUACAUCCACAGGUACACCUCCAAUUGACUCAAAUGGUGUCAAUUAGCCUAUCAGAAGCUUCUAAAGCCAUGACAUCAUUUUCUGGAAUUUUCCAAGCUGUUUAAAGGCACAGUCAACUUAGUGUAUGUAAACUUCUGACCCACUGGAAUUAGAAGUGAAAUAAUCUGUCUGUAAACAAUUGUUGGAAAAAUUACUUGUGUCAUGCACAAAGUAGAUGUCCUAACCGACUUGCCAAAACGAUAGUUUGUUAACAAGAAAUUUGUGGAGUGGUUGACAAACAAGUUUUAAUGACUCCAACCUAAGUGUAUGUAAACUUCCGACUUCAACUGUAUAUAAUUUAGUAUAUGUAAAGAGAAGAUUAAAUUAAGAAUAGUCUGAUGGGUGACAAUAUUACCCUAUCACUUGUGAUUGAUGCCCAUCGUGUGCAGUAAGGCAAGAAACAGCCCCUUUUUUUCACACCUCAUGUAGCCUAGCCAAUAGGUCUAUAUAUUUUGAUAGGGUUUGUAUUGCAACUAAAGUGGCCAAAUAACUUCUUAAAAUUAAGCACAUUAAUCCGCUUUACAACCGGUGUAGAGCUUAACUGGCAUACAUAGGCGGCGCGUGAGUUUGAAGUUUGGGGAAGAUAAUUUUCACCAUUAAAAAUACACCUUUAUAAUAAAGGGUUACAUUUGUGGUCUCUUCUGAGAUAAAAAAAAAAUCCCGCUAAUUGAUUGCAUUUUGUAACAUUCACGCUUAUAGCCUACUGCCAUGUGAGCAUUGUUGCGCUUAUAAUGUGAAUAAAUAGCCUAAUAGUUUAUCAACAUUUAAGCUAAACGUUCUGAUCGGUUGCAUCAGCCUCAUUGCUUUUAAAAGGUUUUAUGAUGCGAGUGGUUAUAUUAAUUUGGGAUCUAUCACAGAAUAGGUCAACUUUUGUACUAUGGGGUAUAGUAGAUUGACAUGGUGUGAUGAGUGUGAUGAAAGGAGUCAGGCGCAGGAGGGUAAUCACCGAAUACAGAGUUUAUUCCUUCGUUGACACACAAAUGCGCUCAAAUAGCGAUCAACGAAACAGGCACAGGGGAAACUCUCAUCCCUGGCAAAUACACUGUAACGGUAGAAUCCAAUAAUACAUAGGCACAGGGGAAAAUCUACCCUGGCAACAAAAUGUACGAGUAGCUCCACCGAGCUAUACUACUCUCACAACUAACAAUCACCCACAGGACAAGGGGGGCAGAGGGAACACUAUUACACGGACUAAUGAGGGGAUUAGAACCAGGUGUGUGUGAUUAACAAGACAAGACAAAUGUGAUGAUGAUUGGGGCGGCAGUGGUUAGUAAGCCGGUGAUGACGAACGCCGAAGCCUGCCCGAACAAGGGCAGGCUCCCCCCCCCCCCCGACGCGCAGCUCCAGCAGCGCGCCGACCCCAGCCUCGGGGACGGCCAGGAGGACGCAGAGCAGGGCGAGCCGGAUGGCGACGGUGGAAAUCCCGCAACAGGGAGGGAUCGAGGAUAUUCUUCACCGGGAUCCAGCACCGUUCCUCCGGACCUUACCCCUCCCACUCCAUGAGGUACUGAAGGCCCCCCACCCGAUGCCUCGAAUCCAGGAUGGAGUGGACAGAGUACGCCAGGGCCCCCUCAAUGUCCAGAGGAGGUGGAGGAACCUCCCGCACCUCAGACUCCUGGAGCGGACCAACCACCACCGGCCUGAGGAGAGACACAUGAAACGAGGGGUUAAUACAGUAAUCAGGGGGAAGUUAUAACCUAUACGUGACCUCGUUGAUUCUCCUCAGGACUUUGAACGGCCCCACAAACCGCGGGCUCAGCUUACAGUAGGGCAGGCGGAGGAGCAGAUUCCGGGUCGAGAGCCAGUCCUGAUCUCUCGGUACGAAGACCGGGGCCUCACUGCAGUAACGGUCAGCGUUGGCCUUCUGACGAUGCACGGCGCACUGGAGGUGAAAGGUAAAGGUUAUAGCUUACCCGCUGGGAGGUGCCUAGGUGCCUUACUCUGGGCGCACACCGAGCAGGAGGAGACGUACACCCUCACGUCCUUAGCCAAGGUAGGCCACCAGUACUUUCCGAUCAAGCAGCGCACCGUACGACCGACACCUGGGUGACCAGAGGAGGGUGAUGUGUGUGCCCAGAAGAUCAGAUGAUCACGGAUAAGAGGUUGUUGUCUCUGGGCCUCUCCUCUGUGUCAUACAGCUGGGACAGUGUGUCUGCCUUCACGUUCUUCGUACCCGGAAUGUAUGAUAGUGUAAAAUCAAACCGGCUGAAGAAUAGGGCCCACCUGGCCUGGCAAGGAUUCAGCCUCCUCGCUGCCCGGAUGUACUCCAGGUUACGGUGGUCUGUCCAGACGAGGAAAGGGUGUUUCGCCCCUUCGAGCCAAUGCCUCCACACGGUCAAAGCUCGGACAACAGCCAACAGCUCCCGAUCACCAACGUUGUAGUUCUGCUCCGCCGGGCUGAGCUUCUUAGAGAAGAAGGCACAGGGGCGUAACUUCGGUGGCGUGCCUGAGCGUUGGGACAGGACAGCGCCUAUCCCUACGUCGGACGCAUCCACCUCCACUACGAACGGUAGUGAUGGGUCGGGGUGGGCCAUUACCGGAGCUGAGGUGAACAGACCCCGCAGUCUCCUGAAGGCCAGGUCAGCCUCAGCAGACCAGCGGAGCCGGGAUGGCCCACCCUUCAACAGGGAUGUAAUGGGAGCUGCAACCUUUCCAAAGCCCCGGAUAAACCUCCGAUAGUAGUUGCAAAGCCAAGGAAGCGCUGCACCUCUUUAACCGUGGUUGGAGUCGGCCAAUUACUCACGGCUGAAAUGCAAUCUCCCUCCAUCUCCACACCUGAGGUGGUAAUGCUAUAUCCGAGGAAGGAGACGGACUGCUGGAAAAAAAUACACUUUUCUGCCUUGGCAUAAAUGUCAUUUUCUAAUAGUCAGGCCAGGGACACAUGCUCGGCGUGAGUAGUGGAAUACACCAGGAUGUCAUUGAUGUAGACCACCACACCGCGACCAAGCAUGUCCCGAAACACCUCGUUCACAAAGGACUGGAAGGCGGAUGGAGCAUUCAUCAAACCGUAGGGCAUCACCAGGUAUUCAUAAUGCCCCGUGGUUCUGCUGAAUGCUGUCUUCCACUCAUCCCCCUCCCGAACACGCACCAGGUCGUAUGCACUCCUGAGAUCUAACUUAAUGAAGAAGCGCGCCCCAUGCAUUGACUCAAUUACUGAAGGAAUGAGGGGGAGAGGAUAACUAAAUCCAAUCGUGUCCUUGUUCAGUGAUCGAUAAUCAAUGCACGGGCACAGACCGCCGUCUUUCUUCUUCACAAAGAAAAAACUUGAGGAGGCGGGUGAAGUGGAGGGACGUACAGUGAGGGGAAAAAAGUAUUUGAUCCCCUGCUGAUUUUGUACGUUUGCCCACUGACAAAGAAAUGAUCAAUCUCUAAUUUUAAUGGUAGGUUUAUUUGAACAGUGAGAGACAGAAUAACAACAACAAAAUCCAGAAAAACACAUGUCAAAAAUGUUAUAAAUUGAUUUGCAUUUUAAUGAGGGAAAUAAGUAUUUGACCCCCUCUCAAUCAGAAAGAUUUCUGGCUCCCACGUGUCUUUUAUACAGGUAACGAGCUGAGAUUAGGAGCACACUCUUAAAGGGAGUGCUCCUAAUCUCAGCUUGUUACCUGUAUAAAAGACACCUGUCCACAGAAGCAAUCAAUCAAUCAGAUUCCAAACUCUCCACCAUGGCCAAGACCAAAGAGCUCCCCAAGGAUGUCAGGGACAAGAUUGUAGACCUACACAAGGCUGGAAUGGGCUACAAGACCAUCGCCAAGCAGCUUUUGGCAACCAUGCAAGAUCUCACCUCAUGGAGAUGCAAUGAUCAUGAGAAGGUUGAGGAAUCAGCCCAGAACUACACGGGAGGAUCUUGUCAAUGAUCUCAAGGCAGCUGGGACCAUAGUCACCAAGAAAACAAUUGGUAACACACUACGCCGUGAAGGACUGAAAUCCUGCAGUGCCCGCAAGGUCCCCCUGCUCAAGAAAGCACAUAUACAUGCCCGUCUGAAGUUUGCCAAUGAACAUCUGAAUGAUUCAGAGGAGAACUGGGUGAAAGUGUUGUGGUCAGAUGAGACCAAAAUGGAGCUCUUUGGCAUCAACUCAACUCGCCAUGUUUGGAGGAGGAGGAAUGCUGCCUAUGACCCCAAGAACACCAUCCCCACCGUCAAACAUGAUGGUGGAAACAUUAUGCUUUGGGGGUGUUUUUCUGCUAAGGGGACAGGACAACUUCACUGCAUCAAAGAGACGAUGGACGGGGCCAUGUACCGUCAAAUCUUGGGUGAGAACCUCCUUCCCUCAGCCAGGGCAUUGAAAAUGGGUCGUGGAUGGGUAUUCCAGCAUGACAAUGACCCAAAACACACCGCGAAGGCAACAAAGGAGUGGCUCAAGAAGAAGCACAUUAAGGUCCUGGAGUGGCCUAGCCAGUCUCCAGACCUUAAUCCCAUAGAAAAUCUGUGGAGGGAGCUGAAGGUUCGAGUUGCCAAACGUCAGCCUCAAAACCUUAAUGACUUGGAGAAGAUCUGCAAAGAGGAGUGGGACAAAAUCCCUCCUGAGAUGUGUGCAAACCUGGUGGCCAACUACAAGAAACGUCUGACCUCUGUGAUUGCCAACAAGGGUUUUGCCACCAAGUACUAAGUCAUGUUUUGCAGAGGGGUCAAAUACUUAUUUCCCUCAUUAAAAUGCAAAUCAAUUUAUAACAUUUUUGACAUGUGUUUUCCUGGAUUUUUUUGUUGUUAUUCUGUCUCUCACUGUUCAAAUAAACCUACCAUUAAAAUUAUAGACUGAUCAUUUCUUUGUCAGUGGGCAAACGUACAAAAUCAGCAGGGGAUCAAAUACUUUUUUCCCUCACUGUAAAUACCCCUGUCCCAGGGAAUCGGAGAUGUAUGUUUCCAGAGCCUCUGUUUCAGCCUGCGACAGGGGCUACGCAUGACUCCUGGGAGGUACAGCGUCUACCCGAAGGUUUAUCGCGCAGUCCCCUGCCCGAUGAGGUGGUAAUUUAGUCGCACGGGGGGAAUGCGCACGGUGGAGGUACCGUCUGGACUUUCCAUCAUGGUUGCACCAACGGAAACAUCUAGAUACCAACCCUGACACUCUCGCGACCACCCCGUGAGAGCCCUCUGCGGCCAUGAGAAGUUGGGGCCAAGGGAUACCUAAUAACACAGGGAAAGCAGACACUCAAUAAUCGAAAAAAUAACCUGCUCACAAUGUGUCUCCUGGGUGAUCAUCGUGACUGGUAUAGUGACUUCCAUAACAAACCCAGACCCUAAUGGUCGACUAUCGUGUGCUCUGAUGGGGAGUGGAAUGGAUAGGGGAAUCGACUAGCGCCUUACACUGGGGAACUACCAUGUGAUCGGGAAAGUGGAUAGGUAGGGUACAGUGCGCAGCAGAGGGCUCUGAACAAGUGUGGGUGUUCGAUACCUGGGGUGAUGCGUGAGUUCCCAGCCUGCCGCCUACAGACCCAAAAUAACGUUGACUACGACGUGUGGUGUACUGUCCCUUCGUGCCACCAGAGUGGCACUGUCGCUGUCCUCCUCCGCUCUCUCGGCCGGCGGCACCACCCAGCUCCAUCGGCUUGGGAUCCGAGUCGUCCGGGGUGGAAACGGGCAGACCCCUACCAGGACGUCCUCUGGCUGCCAGCAGGUUGUCCAAACGAAUGGCCAUGUCCACCAGUUUAUUGAAGGACAACAUGGUGUCCCGGCAGGCUAGCUCCUGUCGGACGUCCUCCCACAGAUGGCCCUGGAAAUGGUCGAUCAGGGCCCGCUCAUUCCACCCGGACCCCGCUGCCAGCGUCCGAAACGCCAACGCGAAGUCCUGCGCGGUCCUCGUCCCCUGCCUCAGGUGGACCAGCCGCUCGCCCACCUCUCCACCCUCGGGCGGGUGAUCGAAUACCGCCCGAAAGAGGUGAGCGAACUCCCCGUAGUCCUCCAACGCGGCUCCUCCUUCGUUCCACACCGCGUUGGCCCACUCCAGGGCUUUCCCACAGAGGCAGGAAACAAGGACGGACACCUUCUCCCGCUCCGAUGGCGCCGGCCUGAUGCUGGAGAAGGACAGCUCCAUUUGGAGGAGGAAUCCCUGGCACAGCGCCGCCGUCCCAUCAAACGCCCGUGGUCGUGAUAUCUGGAUCCCUCCGGGUGCUGGGGUAUAGGUGGCUGGAUCCGGUUGACCAGCUGGUCUCGACAGAUCGGGUUCUCUCCUCUCCAGGCAUUGGACGAUCUGAAGAACCCGAUCCAUCGCUUCCCCCAAGCUGGCCAGCAUCGUGGAAUGCUCUUGGACCCGUGCCACGACUCCAGGCAUGCGCUCUUCUCCCGCUGACUCCAUAGCGGGUGGGUGAUUCUGUGAUGAAAGGAGUCAGGCACAGGAGGGUAAUCACCGAAUACAGAGUUUAUUCCUUCGUUGACACAUAAAUGCGCUCAAAUAGUGAUCAACGAAACAGGCACAGGGGAAACUCUCAUCCCUGGCAAAUACACUGUAACUGUAGUAUCCAAUAAUACAUAGGCACAGGGGAAAAUCUACCCUGGCAACAAAAUGUACGAGUAGCUCCACCAAGCUAUAAUACUCUCACAAAUAACAAUCACCCACAAGGACAAGGGGGCAGAGGGAACACUAUUACACAGAGCUGAGAUGCCUGUGAGAACGACCCGAUCACGUGACGGGCUUUGGCUAAUAAUAAUUUAGAUAUCUGAGAGAGCCAUAUGAGUGAGCACAUCCGGGAGAAGCGAAUUAUAAUUAUUAUAUUCAAACCAAGGGCACAAUGGCCACUUUGGCCGCAAAAGGCAGAUUUUUUAGGGGGCAUUACGGCCACACAAGGGGGAUGCCGCUGUGACAUUCGAGGCGUGGUGAGAAUAUUAUCAAGUGCUUGUCAAAUUGUGAAUGAGAGACUAAUGAAGUGGGUGAAGCCUGCACAUGAAACAAAACAAAGCCUUUCAUGGAACUUUUUUCAAAUCAUCAUUAGAGUUCUAUCAUGCAGCCUUAGAAUGUAUUAAAAUUCAAAACGUAUAGCCCAACGUUUGUAUCACAACUAAAGUUGCAUAAAUAACUCUAAAUUAAGCAUAUAAGAGGACCUGUUUUUUUUGUUAACCACUCAACACAGAAUAGCUGCAUGUGUGCACUCCCUCAAUCGUUUGGAGAAAAUAUCCUUUGUAUUUUAUUCAGCUAUAUUCAAUUGUAUUCUUCAUACUAUAAAAUAAUAUAAAAUAAUGCCAUUUCAUGACCACCAUAGCCCUAGUCUCAGAUCCACAAAGAUGAGCGAACAAGAGCAGAAGGUAGGGAAAACCGUCCUGCAUGUGGUUUCCAUGAAAUUAGUUUGGUUUAGGUUCCACUAGGUGGCAGUAUUACACUUCAUAACACUAUACUCAGGUGCCUCCCUAGCAUAUCUGUAUUCCCCACUCCUGCUCAAAACCAUGGGUAGCCACUGCACCAGUUUCUCUGAAAUUAGAUGUUUAUCCCUCUGCUUCUACUGAAGUGUAUGCAAUGGUUCUAAUCUAUUUGGUGCAAUGCCAUUAUUCUACCAACUCAAAUAUCCUUAUGUCCCUCUCUGACCCCCUCUCCCAUUUUCUCUCUGUCUCUCUCUCUCUGCUCUCAGGAGGUGGAUUUGAUCAGAGAGCAGGUGCAGCAGCUCAUCUCACUGCCCAUGUGGACGUGUCUCUUACCAGUAAGAGCUCCUCUUAUCCUGCAGUGCUCCUGUCUUUAGAACUGUCACACUGUUAGAUACAAUGGGGGAAAAAAGUAUUUAGUCAGCCACCAAUUGUGCAAGUUCUCCCACUUAAAAAGAUGAGAGAGGCCUGUAAUUUUCAUCAUAGGUACACGUCAACUAUGACAGACAAAAUGAGAAAGAAAAUCACAUUGUAGGAUUUUUAAUGAAUUUAUUUGCAAAUUAUGGUGGAAAAUAAGUAUUUGGUCACCUACAAACAAGCAAGAUUUCUGGCUCUCACAGACCUGUAACUUCUUCUUUAAGAGGCUCCUCUGUCCUCCACUCGUUACCUGUAUUAAUGGCACCCGUUUGAACUUGUUAUCAGUAUAAAAGACACCUGUCCACAACCUCAAACAGUCACACUCCAAACUCCACUAUGGCCAAGACCAAAGAGCUGUCAAAGGACAUCAGAAACAUCAUUCACUAGGUCCCCCCGUGUGGUUCUGGGAUUUUUGCUCACCGUUCUGGUGAUCAUUUUGACCCCACAGGGUGAGAUCUUGCGUGGAGCCCCAGAUCGAGGGAGAUUAUCAGUGGUCUUGUAUGUCUUCCAUUUCCUAAUAAUUGCUCCCACAGUUGAUUUCAUCAAACCAAGCUGCUUACCUAUUACAGAUUCAGUCUUCCCAGCCUGGUGCAGGUCUACAAUUUUGUUUCUGGUGUCCUUUGACAGCUCUUUGGUCUUGGCCAUAGUGGAGUUUGGAGUGUGACUGUUUGAGGUUGUGGACAGGUGUCUUUUAUACUGAUAACAAGUUCAAACAGGUGCCAUUAAUACAGGUAACGAGUGGAGGACAGAGGAGCCUCUUAAAUAAUAAGUUACAGGUCUGUGAGAGCCAGAAAUCUUGCUUGUUUGUAGGUGACCAAAUACUUAUUUUCCACCAUAAUUUGCAAAUAAAUUCAUAAAAAAUCCUACAAUGUGAUUUUCUAGAAAAAAAAAUCUCAAUUUGUCUGUCAUAGUUGACGUGUACCUAUGAUGAAAAUUACAGGCCUCUCUCAUCUUUUUAAGUGGGAGAACUUGCACAAUUGGUGGCUGACUAAAUACUUUUUUCCCCCACUGUAUGCAUAAUGUUUAAGAUUAUGGCAAAAUAGUUUUUACAUUACUGAAUAGUGAUUUAUUACAUAGAAAAGGGUAGGUCAACCAAAGACAAACAGUCCCAGUGCAGAUUUCCAAUGUUUAGCUCUUUUUUGAUAGCGUCAUUAAGAUUGAUUAAUCAACGCACUGUCUGUCAUCUGUACAGUCUAGACUCCAACACGAGCUGAAGAAAGUUCCCAAGCGCCAAAAGUUUUGGAAUCUGAUCAAGAGGAAUUUUGACAAGCUGGACGGGAAAGCUUCAGAGCAGUAAGACCUUCUCCCUCUGCCUGCACAUCCUGUAGAAAUAGUCCCAUCCAAAAUCUAAUAGUCCCAUCCAAAAUAUAAUAGUCCCAUUUUUUUUUUUUUUUUUUACAUAGCCCCAUCAAAAAUAUAAUAGCCCCAUAACAAAUAUAAUAGUCCCAUCAAAAGUACAAUAGUCCCACCAGGAAAAUAUAAUAGUCUCCUCAGAAACGAUAAUAGUCCCCCUAGGAAAUUAUAAUAGUCUCCUCUGAAAUUAUAAUAGUCCCCUCAAAGGCACAGUGUUGUGAUGUGUGUCGCUAGUUAUUAUUAUUUCCUGCCUUUUAUUUCCAGAGCCAAGAUGGAGAGGACAUUCCUUUCUGAGCUCAUUAAGAAGUUUCUGGGAGUUCUUAUGUCCAUCUCCCCAGCAGGUAAACAUUUAGCAACACAGCUAUGAUUUAUGAACAAAGCAGCUUUGUUUUGUUGCCUAUAAGCAGCUGGACACCGCAGCAGGGAGGCCACAUUUACUUAAGGAGAAAGAUGAGAUUCUCAAGGCUAAAAAUUGUGCUCAAAGACAUAUUCCUCAUGCUGAAAAGUUUUCAGUUACAAGUGACAAACUACAACACCACAUGCACAUGCCUUUACCUCCUAGUCUUUAUCCUUGAAAAUGAUGAACCAGCUCUUUCUUUGAUAGCCUUUACCUUUGUUAGUCUUUAUACGUGGGGCUCAUUUCUCAGUGACAUUUCUACAGUCCAAAAGUCCCUCAUUACCGGUGUGAGAUGCACCAUUUCCAAUCCUCUAUCAGUCCCAAAGUUCAUCCUUUCCUCCCGACUUGACCCCCACUCUGAAAGAGCAGCCCUGUCCAGCUGUCCCCCGCCAUGCCCACGGCGACAGUCUGUGUGGUGAUAUAAUGUAGGACGACACUCUGCCCCCGCCCCACACACCCAACCUGUGUGCUCAGAAUAGCAUCUCUCCCAACAUGUAGCUGGGUGGUGGUGGUCCUGCUGAGACCCAGACCCUAAUCCUCCCUGUCAGAGCAUUGGUACACAGCACAGGGACGUACACACACGCAUGCUUGUAUGUAGCACAAUGAACAUGUGCUACUGCACACACACACAGGCUCGCCUCAUAUAUACACACACACACACACACACACACAUACAUACACACACACCACUAAUGAGGGCUGAUCUCCCAGCGUACGUUGCAGUGCCCCAGAUUAGAGAAUAUACCGGGGUCUCCGUGCACCACCGGGCCACUUGCCACUUCCUGGCCCCGGCUCACACACACACAGCCAUGGUGUUGGCCACAGUUCGCUGAAAACUCUCCCUUCUUCUCCCACAUUCCCCUCGGUGUUUCAGUGUGUGUGAUGGCGGUCUUGCGUGUUGUGUAUGUUAUUACCUGAACUGAAUGUCUCCCUGUGUUGUCUCUCUCAGGCCCUGUACCCAUGGAGAAGGUGCACUACUGCGAGAGGUUCAUCGAGCUCAUGAUUGACCUUGAGGUAAGAAACACACUAUUUAUAAGGGACACUAUGGUGUUGUUGUGUUGCAUAUUUAUGAAGUGUACUAGGCAGCCAUUUAUAUAGAAUCAAUUGAAUAUCUGCAUUCACUGAGCAUGCAAAGACACUUUUGAGGUCUCUGUACCUACCUAUACCUGUACACCUAUUUCUGUCUUGACAUGUGUAGAGUAUGUAAUCUUGAGUGAUUUGGUGUUUGAUGACAGUGAGAAAAUACAGGUUAUUCCUAGCAUAGAGAAAAUGAGGUGUAACGUCACGGUGUAGUGUGCUUUCUUCUCUGUGGUCUGGUUUGGCUUCAUCAUGACACGCAGAGAGAAUGUCACAUAGUCAAGAUGGUUCCUUCCCUCUCUGGGCUGCAUGGCCACGGUGCUCCUGUUUCCACCUAGGGAGGAUAGGAAGGAUUGAUAUCCCCCCCAUCCGAUGACAGGCUAUCCUUUAUUUUCCUGGCACUGGCAAUGGCAAGGCAAGCUGCCUCCAGAGAAGUCCUUUCCCCCUCAGCAGUAUCAUUUUACAAAGGGAUGGCUGAAAUCUCAUACUUCCCUCUGAGAUGAUGUGAUGAGACCCUCUAAAUCUCUGUAUGGAAAAAGAGAUCCUACAUUUUGUGUGUCUGUAAGGUCGAGCCGUCUGUGACAGGUCUGUGGAGAUCAAAGAUGUGGCCAUAGAUAAAGCUUGUCUGUCUUGUUGUGGGAGUAGUAUCAUUUGAAGCACCUGCCCUCUGCAGAGAGGUGAACUCGAUAGAAUACAUUGAGGCUCUGUGGUUUGCAUUUUUUCAAUUCAUUUUUGGUGUUGUUUGUGAGUAGGAGUCACUAUGUAGGCUAUUGUCAUUGUUUUCCUCUUUUUGAAAUUAGAAAUUUGACCUCCAACUGUCAUCUAUGAAGUGCAAAAAAGAGUGUAAAACACCCUGCUGAAAUAGACCCUGAAUCAAUAGGGUCCCUUUAUACUCUUGUCCUCAAUGCUGGGAAUUCUGGUUUGUAGAUGCAUUGAUCUGAAUGACCCCAGAGACUGAGUCAAUCCAUACAUGGACUAAUCCUGGUUCUGAUGUUGCAUCGUCUCAGCUCAAAGAUCACCUCCUUGUUAUCAGUUACAGACCUGGGCUGAAUAGUAAUACUAGGAUUAUAUAAUGGCCUCAAUGUGUUUAACAUUGACUGAGAGCCUUUCUGUUUCACUGUUGGAAUGUGUGUGGUCUUUCUGGGGCUUUUUUAUACGUUUUCUAGUUAUAGGUAGAUGCAUAAAUUAUUAUUAUUUUUGUAAACAUUUUUUACGAUCAUAUUUAUUGAGCCUAUAGUCUUGUAUAUAAGGGCAGCUGUUUCAUUGUUUUACCAUGAUGUGUAAUGUGUGGUUCCAUUCUAUGUCUGUCCCAAGGCCCUGCUCCCGACACGUCGCUGGUUCAACACGGUGCUGGAUGACUCCCACCUGGUGGUGAGCUGCCACCUGUCCAGCCUCAUGCAGAGAGAAAAGGAGGGACACCUCUUCUGCCAGUUACUGGACAUGCUGAAGUUCUACACCGGCUUUGAGAUCAACGACCAGACAGAGAAGGAGAUGACUACGCUCCACUACAACAGAAUCGCAUCACUGCAGGUACGUGUAUACAGUACUACCCAGGAUGGAUGGAUGAAUGACUUCUGUUUUGUUUGGUUGUUUACUUGACCUGUCCACAUCACAAAUUAUUCUAUAUUAUUCAAAUUGUUGAUAGGCAUCAGUUUUGAACAUCAUUUGCACAUUUAAGCGUUAAAGAUAGGAUAAAGUUUACCUAAGUGUACUGGGAGACAUAACCCAUGCUGUGAGUUGUACAUGUAUGAAUAUGGAACAUUCAUGAUUUAGUGACAGCUUCCAGAUGUCAUUUACAAGAAAGAAUAUCAAGUCAAACUUCGGUCCUAGAGAGAAUUUUCAAUAUUUUAGUUUUCAGUCUUAAUUUAAAGGGAAAUAUGCAGACUGGUUUAUCUGUUCAUCCUAGUUGUCUCUCCAUCUGUCCAUCUCUCUCUCUUUCCCUUACCUCUCUCUCUAGCCCCACACAGAUGUUGGAUUAAUACAUUAGGGAAAUCAAAAAGGUGCCUGACAUCACACUGGCUCUGGGGUGUGUGGGUAAGGUGUUGUUUCCACCUGAUCUCUAAAUGUUUGCUGUCUUGUCUUUCAGAAGGCAGCCUUUGCCCAUUUCCCAGAGCUGCAGGACUUUGCCCUGUCCAAUGUGGCAGCCGUGGACACACGGGAAUCCCUCACCAAACAGUUUGGCCAUCUCAGGUAGAGUGUGUGGGUGGGGGGGGGUCAUAUCUGGGAUUGUGAACCCAAAAAAACAUCCCUACACAUCCUAACCUUCAUUUCUUUAUGCUACCAUGAUGACAAUCGCUUAAUUGUCACUGUUGUAUCGCUAACAUCCCUACCGCUGCCCCCCUUACCGUGAAUGUCAGGCAGCAUGUGAGUCCUUGAAUGUGCAGAGUAGAGUGGUACCAGCCACAGAGAGAGAGACUCGCCUCAUUAAUUUAAUCGAUUUGCAGGGGCUUGAGAAUAAACUCUUUGAACAGCUGGAUUUGUCAGAUCAUAUUUGCGAGUGGCCUUGCCAAAAAACAUCCCCCUCCAUCGCUUUCAUGGGGCUGGGCCUUGUUAGUGUGUGUGUGCUUCCUAUCCUUUCUCCUUUCCUUCGGACCCUGGUCCUAGGUGCUGCUGAGUUUUUACACUCUCUUUUCCUCUCUGUAUUAUUGUUCUCAUGGAUAAAGCCAGGCUCUGCAUUGUCACCGGGUCCCCCCACUGCCUUCAAAGGCUUCCAUCACUUUUAACAAGGCACUUUUUACCCACAAAACCCUAUUUUUAAUUCCAGCUAUUCCAGCUGUGCUACCCACAAGCUAAACUGCCACUCGCCCAUUAUUUCAGAUUGAUCCGCUUAGUCCCCAAAACACACACGGGCAGCAGGGUUCCGUUAGCCGGAAAUAGCCAGCUUUUGGCAAAAAAACUAAACAAAGUUGAUGAAUAAAAUUGCAUCCGGCCAAUCGUCCUAGAAAAAAAGAAAAUUGAAAUUAGGCUUUUUAGCCUUUUGUUUGAUGGAAAUACAUUUUACUGGUCAUACUCAUCGGUCUAUAGGUUAAUUUGCAUAAUUUUGUGGAAUUAAAUUGGCGUGUGUGUAAAGUGUAUUCGUUAUGUGUCUUAUCACACGCUUACAGCAUACAGAUAUAGAGCCUUUGAGAGGAAAAUCUGACAGACAGUGCGAGAGCUGCUGCUACAGCAUCUCAAACAGCAAAUGUAUAGGCAACAGAAGGCAGGCUUCAUCAGCACGUCACACACCACUUUACAAUGAGUUGGAGGCUGUAUGCAUUUUGAAAACAUAUACUUAAAUAGUUUGAAACCUGAAAGUGUACUAGAUAUUAUGAGGCAUGUCUUCCCUUGCUUCAAAGUAGCCUAGCCAAAAUCAGACCAUAGCCGUGGAGGCAAUUAUUUUAUUUAUUGUCCAGUAGCCAAAGGCACAAUCAUAGUCAUAUUAGCAACCCAUGCUAGUUGUGCUAGCUGAUAUUUUCAUAUGUCACAUGAAACCACUCGCAUGUGCGGUGUGCUUUGACAACAGUGUUUUUCCGUUAAUUGCAUUAUGGGACGAACAUUCACACACAGUCUACUGCCUUGUGCUCAUUGCUGCACUUACAGUGCCUUCGGAAAGUAUUCAGACCUCUUGACUUUUUCCACAUUUCGUUAGGUUACAGCCUUAUUCUAAAAUGGAUUAAAUCGUUUUUUCCCCUUAUCAAUCUACUCACAAUACCCCAUAAUGACAAAGCAAAAACUGGCUUUUAGAAAUGUUUGCAAAUGUAUUACAAAUAAAAAACUGAUAUCACAUUUACAUAAGUAUUCAGACCCUUUACUCAGUACUUUGUUGAAGCGGGCUGUUAUGUGCCUUUUACUGAGGAGUGGCUUUGUUUGGCCACUCUAUCAUAAAGACCUGAUUGGUGGAGUGCUGCAGAGAUGGUUGUCCUUCUGGAAGGUUCUCCCAUCUCCACAGAGGAACUCUGGAGCUCUGUCAGAGUGACCAUCGGGUUCUUGGUCACCUCCCUGACCAAGGCCCUUCUCCCCCGAUUGCUCAGUUUGGCCGGGCGGCCAGCUCUAGGAAGAAUCUAGGUGGUUCCAAACUUCUUCCAUUUAAGAACGAUUGAGGCCACUGUGUUCUUGAGGACCUUCAAUGCUGCAGAAAUUUUUUGGUACCCUUCCCCAGAUCUAUGCCUCCACACAAUCCUGUCUCGGAGCUCUACGGACAAUUCCUUCGACCUCAUGGCUUGGUUUUUGCUCUGACAUGCACUGUCAACUGUGGGACCUUAUAUAGACAGGUGUGUGCCUUUCCAAAUCAUGUUCAAUCAAUUGAAUUUACCACAGGUGGACUCCAAUCAAGUUGUAAAAACAUUUCAAGGAUGAUCAAUGGAAACAGGAUGCACCUGAGCUCAAUUUGGAGUCUCAUAGCAAAGGGUCUGAAUACUUAUCUAAAUAAGGUAUUUCUGUUUUUUAUUUGUAAUACAUUUGCAAAGAUUUCUGAACCUGUUUUUUGCUUUGUCAUUAUGGGGUAUUGUGUGUAGAUUGAUGAGGAAAUUGUUUUAUUUAAUCCAUUUUAGAAUAAGGCUGUAGAGUAACUGUGGAAAAAGUAAAGGGGGCUGAGUAUUUUCCGAAUGCACUGUAUAAUGUCAAGAAAUAAUAGUUCAUCAACAUUUUCAGCGACGCGUUCUGGUCUGUUGCGUCAGACUCAUUGCUUUUAUUUUAUGUUUCCUAGGCCUACUGGUUGUAUGGAUUUGGGAUCUAUCGUCCUACAACUGUCCCAGAGUCAGUUUGAAUAGGCUAUUUCUUUCUCGACAAGCUGACCAAUAAAGUAGUUCAAUUUUUCUACUAUGGUGGAGAGUAGAUUGACAGGCUAGUAAUUUUGCUGUUCAUUACUAGUCUUGUUGGCUGAGGAAAAGUAAUUGUGGACAGUUAUUCUAAAAUCUUCAAAGUGUGCAUAAGAAUUCGUUAAGAAGGACCGCACAUCAUUGCAUCCUCGAAUUGCAUGUUCUGUGAUUUCUGUCAUUCUGAGCACCAUGGGUGGUUCUCUAAUCAGGUUAUGCACCCAAUGCAUAUGGGUCCGGUAAAUGUAUCAAAUGUCAGGUAAAUUGAAAUGCUGCCGGUCAAAUGUCCGGCGCCACAUUUUCCUAACGGAAACCCUGACAGGCAGGGUGUUAUCACAUACACACACUGUAUUUUUCUCUUUCAAUUUUAAGAACUCCUCUCAUUGCAUGUCAUCUGUGGCUUGAGAUUUGGUGGAGAUAAAAUCAGAAUUGGGCAGGUUAGUGGGCUCAUGGCCCCAACCAUAAGUAACAGCUCUCAGAUCUUUCCUGUGUCCAGCCUCAUCUCCUUAACAACUCAAUGGAAGCAGCUAUUUUAGCUUUGUCAUGGAGUACAGUACAACAGCGUGACCCAUGCCAGUCCCUAGACAAACCAACUGCAUGGUCAGCAAAACCCCAGACCCAUGUGGUCAAACCAAACAUGGCAUCACGAGUCUGGCCACACUGCUGCUCACAGUGACACGUGUCCCGGUCUGUCUGUACAGGACUCUGUCACAGACACAGUGUGUCUCUCUCGAUACCAACCCCUGUCUGUGUCAUGGUGGCACAUGUCACAUCUGUCUGAUUUAAAACAGCCUUCUGUUCAGAGAGCAGCCUCAACCCUCUGCUUCAGCUCUGAGAAAUGGAGAUGCGGUUGGAUUUUCAUAAUCCCGUCAUAUCGAUGCGGCCCCAGCCCCUGUACACGCCAUGCUGACAGUGCAGGACUGCAGUGGCCCUAGUUAGCAGGGCAGAGUAUAGGAAAACACAAGGGCUAGCGUACAGUACAUCCCAAUGCUAACAAGUGCAGGACUUAAGAAAAUACCUGUGUGUUAGGUGAAUGGUGAACUUUUCAUAAUGUCAGAUGCCAGGCCAUAUAUUCUCUUGAACAGGGACGGCCUGUUCAAUAGGGCGAUAUGGGCGACGCACUGCCAAACGGGAAAAGGAAGGGAUUUUUUUCUAAUCAAUUAUAUCACGGCAACAGUACUAGUUAUCAGUGUUCUAAUCUGAUCUGACUGCCACUAAAUGUCAAAUCAGGCUAAAGUCGUGCUUCAAAUGGCCCCGCCCGUUUUUGGGGCGAUUUCAGUCAGGUUGAAAAUCGCCCAGAAGUCUCUCAUAGCCUGUCAUGUAAAAUCUAUUUUUUUCAAAUUUCAAAGCUUUCAAUACAUUCUCUAUGGGUGUCUGUGGGCUUGCACUUACGCGCUUUCGUCAUACGUGACGUAACCAUGAACGUAACUAAGAAAAUAGCAGCGUCUCUGUUGCGACCUGCAGUGUGGCGUUAUUUUAUGUUUUUAAUUUGUAGACUUAGUUUACAAACAUUCUGCCAACCAUGGAUUUUUACAGUGGUGGGUUUUGGACUGAUCUUGUUGAUCGUGUACAUACCCGCUACGAACGGACUAAAUAAUGAAAACGCUGCUGGCAGCGGAAUCCAAUACAGCUGGGAGACUUGGCUGGAUGACAGAGUCCCGGACAGAGAAGUGGAGCCGGCCGGCUUCACCCUGGUCAGAGCGGACCGCGAUCCUGGUAAGAGAGCGACUCUGUACCCCCCGACAUUGAACUGCUUUCUGUGUCACUGCGACCUUACUAUCUGCCCCGUGAGUUCCCCCAAUUGUUUGUUACCGUUGUGUACUGUUGAUAAUCACAAGUUUACUGGAGAACUGAGACCAAGUAGAGACUUUGGACAGGGUGGAUAUGGUAUAAUAAAGGCAGUUUAUUCAGAGGUAAAGAUAUCUGGAAUCGCGUGCACGGACCCGUUCGUCAAACUCUUAGGGAGCUAUCUGAAGAGAGCCCCGAAAACAUUGUGUGCAGACAUUUUAUACAAUAAAUGAUGUAGGUUGAAUCUAGUAGUUCUGAUCUUCUGAUUGGUCCUGAUGAGUUGGGCGAGGUCCCCUCCACUGUUGCAUUGGCUCUGAGUCGGGUUCUCUGUCUUCAAAUGUUCAGCCUAAAGAGAGGGGAUUUUUGUGUGUGUGUGUGUUUAACAGUGAUGAUGUGUGUGUGUGUGUGUGUUAUCAGUGAUGAUGUGUGUGUGUGUGUGUGUGUGUGUGUGUCCUCAGAGCAAGAACUCGUGAGUUGGAAGAACUGAGAGACCUAUGGCGUGGGUGUUGUCCUUGGCCACCUGCUGACAAGGCUGACAAGAUAGGACUCUUUUGUCCAUUGUUAUAGGAUAGGAACAGCAUUGAUUGAAAACAAACGCCCAACACAAAAUGGGUCAUGCACAAGAUUUUAGUCAGACCAAGCUAUAACAUUAUAUAUUUACUACGACAGUACAUUCAACCAAAAGCUAAUAUAACAAAGGCAUCAGAGAUUAUUUAUAAUCUGUCACAGAAACUGGAAUCCAUCUCCCCAGAUCAGUCAAUAAAUGCUUCUGGUAUUGACUUAUAUGCUGCCCCUGUCUUCAUGUUGUUGCUGGACAUAUCUUUUUUAAAAUGUGUGUAGGUCACCUACAUCAUCAGAAAAAUUGCCCCUCCUGAGAAUUUUUUCAGGAGCCGCCACUGCUCUUGAAUGUGCAUUUCUACCCUUGGGUCAUAAUUUCAUAUAUUUACUUCAAUAGAAGAAUGUUGCAGAAACAAACUUGCUGACUUAGCAGAAAAUAUAACCAUGAUGCUCAAAAGGAAUACAUAUGAAUUGGAAGUUAAUAGUUCAUAACGUAAAAUAUGCUGAAGUGGUUUUUUCUCCCUGCAGUCCCAACACUCUCCACCGGGUGGCCUCGUACCUAUGUCUGUUACCAGAGCUGGCAGAGGGACAGGACACCACCAAUGAGAAAGAGGUCCUCCUGGAGCUGCUGGUAGAUGCUGUCACGAAACGGGGAGAUGUUGUCCCUAACCACUGAUAGAGGAUCAGAUAUUUAUUUCAUCGUCCUAAUGCUUAAAAUUUGGGAAUGGGGGAAGUCUCAUCUGAUCCUAGAUCUGUGGUUAGGUAUGAUGGGAAGGAGACAAGGAGAGGAUGCUAAGGUAAUGAAUAUUUAAAUUCCCCCAAGAUGCCCUUAAGCAUGAGAGAACCCCUCUCCUCUAUUUAGGUCUUGGCUAAACCGAAGCGAUGUCAGGAUAUGUUCGCUUGCGGAACAAUAACCACCCAGAGAGCAUAGCAGCAUAAUAGGGUUUGCGUGGCUCAUUUAAAAGCCAUUAAUUUAUGCUUUUGGAAUACAUACAGUAUGCAACCCCCCCUCCUCCACACACACACUCCUCUCCCCCCUUGAAUUUGCCUUUUAAUCCAAUUCGGGCUCAACGUUGGUGAUAGAGAUGAAGUUGGUGAGGUGGAGGAGAGGGAGGUAGAGAGAGACUGAGGAAAGAGCAGCAAGGUUUGUCUUAUCCUAAGAAAAAACACCACUGUUGAUCUGAUUUGCCCUCCACACACCCUCCCUUAGUCCCUCUUAAAAAUAGGCGUACAGUGUGUUGAAAACAAGUCUCAUCCCCCAUAACCCUCUAUAACCAUGCGACCGGCCCAUCCACUGACCUGCUCUGUCCCUAUUGCUGUAAUUUCCCACUUCAAGUCUUCUCUAGGUCUCCUCUGCCCACCACUGAAGAGAAGCUUUUCCAUAAUUAGCUGAUUAGAUUGUUCCCAGAGCCAAUGUCAGGGGACUCAAUUGCAUGGCCCCGGGUUGCCCUGAGCAACCAAAAAUCUCCAAAGAUUCCACUUUGGUAUUAUGCAUUAUUUGUUGGGUCGGCGGUGCCAGAGGCUCGUAGAGCUUUACAGGAGGGAGCAGAGCAGGUCACACAGACACACUGCAGAGAAAGUCUGUAAUUAAACCUGGGGAAUGAGAGGAUGAGCUGGCCAGAGUGCUACUGAGCUUCUAGCUAUCACUGUUCUGGGGGUUAUUUACAUCAUUCCUCAUAGCCUUGAGCCACCCACUCUUGAAUUAAUAAUUUCCUAUUUAGAUUACCGAGAUUGCAUAGGAUUUUUUAUCGCUCAUUAUGUAAUUUUUGCAUAGUUUUGCAAUAACUGUCAGAGAUGGGCUCGAUGGGUAUUAGUCUCAAUCAGGGUUCUACAGUCUUUAGAUCUCUGUACGUCUCUGCCAGUCCCGGAUGGAUGACUAUUACAAAACCCUGGGUUAGAUAGUGACUGGCAGGGAACACGGCAGUGUAACAGGAUGGAUGACUAUUACAAAACCCUGGGUUAGAUAGUGACUGGCAGGGAACACGGCAGUGUAACAGGAUGGAUGACUAUUACAAAACCCUGGGUUAGAUAGUGACUGGCAGGGAACACGGCAGUGUAACAGGAUGGAUGACUAUUACAAAACCCUGGGUUAGAUAGUGACUGGCAGGGAACACGGCAGUGUAACAGGAUGGAUGACUAUUACAAAACCCUGGGUUAGAUAGUGACUGGCAGGGAACACGGCAGUGUAACGGGAUGGAUGACUAUUACAAAACCCUGGGUUAGAUAGUGACUGGCAGGGAACACGGCAGUGUAACUGGAUGGAUGACUAUUACAAAACCCUGGGUUAGAUAGUGACUGGCAGGGAACACGGCAGUGUAAUGGGAUGGAUGACUAUUACAAAACCCUGGGUUAGAUAGUGACUGGCAAGGAACAUGGCGGUGUAACAAGAUGGACGACAUUGACAAAACCCUGGGUUAGAUGGUGACUGGCAAAGAAUACGCAGUAUAACAGGAUUAGCUUAGCAUGGCGGCUAGUGACUGACUGAUCGCAUAUGAGAACACAGGGAUUAUAUAGACUUCUGUAUCUUGUUUGGCACACAACCAUCAUUGAUGCUAUAACAUUUAGGCCCCAGACCUAAAAAACACAACUGGCAGGCUAACUGAAGAGAUAAAAGCCUAGCUAUGUGAGAGAGAUGGUCUCUAAUAAAGGGUUUGUCAUGACUGACGGUGAGUAGUGUGAUGCAAUACGUCUGACACGAUUAUUUUACAAAACGUUCUUUUUAAUACCACUGUCUAGGGAGUGAGGGGAGGGUAAGAGUGGGGCAAAAACAUUUAUCUCUCUUUCUGUCUGUAUUUCUUCAAUCUCUUUUUCUUCCCUCUCUCACACUAACAGGUGUCUCGUCAUGAGAGGAGAAUCUCCCAGAUCGAGCAACUUAACCAGAUGCCUCUUUAUCCAACGGAGAAGAUUAUCUGGGAUGAGAACAUCGUCCCGACUGAGUACUAUUCUGGUGAAGGUGUGUGUGUGUGUGUGUGUGUGUGUGUGUGUGUCUGUCUACUGUGUCUCCUCGCAAACUCAUCACCCCCCCCCCCCCCCUCCGCUGUGUUAUCCCACACCACAGAGGCACUGAGCUGGCACCCUCUUAAUAGGUGAUCCUCUUUAGGCUAGCAGGGUCACCUUCACCAGCUAAGAUGCCUACAGCCCUGUAAUCCCAUUGAAAUCCAUGAGCCUAUCGAUGUCUAUAAGGCUGUCUAACUGUUUUAGCCUGCCAAGAGAUUACAGGUGUAAAUUAGGUUUAUAGUCUACUCUGCCACUGUUAUAUCAAAGGGAUUGUCCCUGUCACAUGGCUACGGAGUUGAUCCUGGUCAGGGAAAACUCUGGGUUCUAUGAAUGUUACACUGUGUAGAUGUGUAGGUAAUAGGUCUAUACCAAUGACAGGAGUUGGACUCCUAUCUCUCUGUUUAAUCUCUGUUUAAUCCUUGUGUGUUCCAGGUUGUCUGGCUCUCCCUAAACUGAACCUGCAGUUCCUGACCCUCCACGACUACCUGCUGAGAAACUUCAACCUGUUCCGUCUGGAGUCCACUUACGAGAUCAGACAGGACGUGGUGACUCGCAUGAAACCAUGGUGAGCAGAGAACACACACUUAGAACUGAUGGAAAGAGAAGGUUCCCACAUUUCUGUUUAUUUCAAAUUUAUAAUUUUUGUAUCACUGAACUCAAUUUCUAUGACAUUUUCAGGCACUCAUAGUAUGGUAGUGUGAUGUUUGGGGGUUGACCUGCUGUCUUGUCUUCCUGUAGGCAGUCAGAGUAUGGUGGUGUGGUGUUUGGGGGCUGGGCCAGGAUGUCUCAGACCAUCUCAGCCUUCUCCAUUGUGGAGGUGGCUAAGCCCAACAUUGGAGAGAACUGGCCCGCCCGCGUCCGAGCUGACAUCACUAUCAACCUCAACGUACGAGACCACAUCAAACACGAGUGGGAAGGUACAUGGCUUGGUUGUGCCAUUUCUCUAUCCCCUGCUCUCCCUUUCUCUCUUCUACCUUUCAGCAUUCCCUCUAUACCAUCUAGUUUUCUGUCUCCUUUCUUUUUUACUCCUUUUCUCAUGCACUCUGUCUCCCUCCCUCUCUCUUCAUGGAUCCCACUCCAUCCCAAUAAUAAAGCCUUUAUGUCCUCCAUAAAGUCUGUCCAUCCAGACCCUCUGUCCAAACCUGCUGUACCUUGACCUGUGACCCCCCUCUAGCCUUGUCUGCCUGUACACAUGUAUUUUCCUAUCAGCCCUGAUCACUUAGCUUCAGUGUUUUAUUUCUUCAUCAUCUUCCCCCAACGGGUGCAGCAGGGCUGCUGUAGAUAAUAUUAACAGUGUGAUGUCAUCCUUCCUGGCUUUGAUUUACCAUUUUACCAUGAACAUACAGUGCCUUCGGAAAGUAUUCAGAUCCCUUGACUUUUUCCACAUUUUGUUAGGUUACAGCUAUAUUCUAAAAUUGAUUUUUUAAAAAAGAAUUCCCCUCAUCAAUCUACACACAAUAGCCCAAAAUGACAAAGCAAAAACAGGUUGUUAGAAAGAAAAAAUAGAAAUAAUACAUUUACAUAAGUAUUCAGACCCUUUACUCAGUACUUUGUUGAAGCACCUUUGGCAGCGAUUACAGCCUCAAGUCUUCUUGGGUAUGACCACUACAAGCUUGGACACACCUGUAUUUGGGGAGUUUCUCACAUGUCAGGUUGGAUGGGGAGCGUUGCUGCACAGCUAUUUUCAGGUCUCUCCAGAGAUGUUAGAUCGGGUUCAAGUCCGGGCUCUGGCUGGGCCACUCAAGGACAUCCAAAGAGUUGAAUCUUGGUUUCAUCAGACCAGAGAAUCUUGUUUCUCAUGGUCUGAGAGUCUUUACAGUGAGGGGAAAAAAGUAUUUGAUCCCCUGCUGAUUUUGUACGUUUGACCACUGACAAAGAAAUGAUCAGUCUAUAAUUUUAAUGGUAGGUUUAUUUGAACAGUGAGAGACAGAAUAACAACAAAGAAAUCCAGAAAAAACGCAUGUCAAAAAUGUUAUAAAUUUAUUUGCAUUUUAAUGAGGGAAAUAAGUAUUUGACCCCCUUUCAAUCAGAAAGAUUUCUGGCUCCCAGGUGUCUUUUAUACAGGUAACGAGCUGAGAUUAGGAGCACACUCUUAAAGGGAGUGCUCCUAAUAUCAGCUUGUUACCUGUAUAAAAGACACCUGUCCACAGAAGCAAUCAAUCAAUCAGAUUCCAAACUCUCCACCAUGGCCAAGACCAAAGAGCUCUCCAAGGAUGUCAAGGACAAGAUUGUAGACCUACACAAGGCUGGAAUGGGCUACAAGACCAUCGCCAAGCAGCUUGGUGAGAAGGUGACAACAGUUGGUUUGAUUAUUCACAAAUGAAAGAAACACAAAAUAACUGUCAAUCUCCCUCAGCCUUUGGCUCCAUGCAAAAUCUCAUCUCGUAGAGUUGCAAUGAUCAUGAGUACGGUGAGGAAUCAGCCCAGAACUACACGGGAGGAUCUUGUCAAUGAUCUCAAGGCAGCUGGGACCAUAGUCACCAAGAAAACAAUUGGUAACACACUACGCCGUGAAGGACUGAAAUCCUGCAGUGCCCGCAAGGUCCCCCUGCUCAAGAAAGCACAUAUACAUGCCCGUCUGAAGUUUGCCAAUGAACAUCUGAAUGAUUCAGAGGAGAACUGGGUGAAAGUGUUGUGGUCAGAUGAGACCAAAAUCGAGCUCUUCGGCAUCAACUCAACUCGCCGUGUUUGGAGGAGGAGGAAUGCUGCCUAAGACCCCAAGAACACCAUCCCCACCGUCAAACAUGGAGGUGGAAACAUUAUGCUUUGGGGGUGUUUUUCUGCGAAGGGGACAGGACAACUUUACCGCAUCAAAGGGCCGAUGGACAUGGCCAUGUACCGUCAAAUCUUGGGUGAGAACCUCCUUCCCUCAGCCAGGGCAUUGAAAAUGGGUCGUGGAUGGGUAUUCCAGCAUGACAAUGACCCAAAACACACGGCCAAGGCAACAAAGGAGUGGCUCAAGAAGAAGCACAUUAAGGUCCUGGAGUGGCCUAGCCAGUCUCCAGACCUUAAUCCCAUAGAAAAUCUGUGGAGGGAGCUGAAGGUUCGAGUUGCCAAACGUCAGGCUCGAAACCUUAAUGACUUGGAGAAGAUCUGCAAAGAGGAGUGGGACAAAAUCCCUCCUGAGAUGUGUGCAAACCUGGUGGCCAACUACAAGAAACGUCUGACCUCUGUGAUUGCCAACAAGGGUUUUGCCACCAAGUACUAAGUCAUGUUUUGCAGAGGGGUCAAAUACUUAUUUCCCUCAUUAAAAUGCAAAUGAAUUUAUAACAUUUUAUACAUGCGUUUUUCUGGAUUUUGUUGUUGUUAUUCUGUCUCUCACUGUUCAAAUAAACCUACCAUUAAAAUUAUAGACUGAUCAUGUCUUUGUCAGUGGGUAAAUGUACAAAAUCAGCAGGGGAUCAAAUACUUUUUUCCCUCACUGUAGGUGCCUUUUGGCAAACUCCAAGCGGGCUGUCAUGUGCCUUUUACUGAGGAUUGGCUUCCGUCUGGUCACUCUACCAUAAAGGCCAGAUUGGUGGAGUGCUGCAAAGAUGGUUGUCCUUCUGGAAGGUUCUCCCAUCUCCACAGAGGAACUCUAGAGCUCUGUCAGAGUGACCAUCGGGUUCUUGGUCACCUCCCUGACCAAAGCCCUUCUCCCCUGAUUGCUCAGUUUGGCCGGGUGGCCAGCUCUAGGAAGAGUCUUGGUGUUUCCAAAAGUCUACCAUUUAAGAAUGUUGGAGGCCACUGUGUUCUUGGGGUCCUUCAAUGCUGCAGAAACUUGUUGGUACCCUUCCCUAGAUCUGUGCCUCGACACAAUCCUGUCUCGGAGCUCUACUGACAAUUCCUUCAACCUCAUGGCUUGGUUUUUGCUCUGACUUUAUAUAGAUAGGUGUGCCUUUCCAAAUCAUGUCCAAUCAAUUGAAUGAACCACAGGCGGACUCCAAUCAAGUUGUAAAAACAUCUAAAGGAUGAUCAAUGGAAACAGGAUGCACCUGAGCUCAAUUUCGAGUGUCAUAGCAAAGGGUCUGAAUACUUAUGUAAAUAAGGUAUUUCUGGUUUAAAAAAUCUUUGUCAUUAUGGGGUAUUGUGUGUAGAUUGCGCAGGAUUAUUAUCAUUUUUAAUCCAUUUUAGAAUAAGGCUGUACAUAAAGUGGAAAAAGUAAAGGGGUCUGAAUACUUUCCGAAUGCGCUGUAUCAAACCAUACAGCACUGGCUGACUAGCUACCAAGAGAUGAUACAAAACAUUAGGAACACCUUCCUAAUAAUGAGUUGCACCCCCCUUUGCCCUCAGAACAGCCUAAAUUCGUCAGGGCAUGGACUACAAGGGUGUCGUAAGCAUUCCACUGGGGUGCUGGCCCAUGUUGACCAAUGCUUCCCGCAGUUGUCCUUUGGGUGGUGGACCAUUCUUGAUACACAUGGGAAAUAGUUGAGCGUGAAAAACCCAGCAGCGUUGCAGUUCUUGACACACUCAAACCGGUGCGCCUGGCACCUACUACCAUACCCCGUUCAAAGGCACUUAAAUCUUUUGUUUUGGCCAUUCACCGUCUGAAUGGCACACAUAAACAAUCCAUGUCUCAAGGCUUAGAAAUCCUUCUUUAACCGGUCUCCUCUGCUUCAUCUACACUGAUUGAAGUGGAUUUAACAGGUGACAUCAAUAAGGGAUCAUAGCCUUCACCUGGGUUCACCUGGUCAGUCUAUCAUGGAAAGAGCAGGUGUUCCUAAUGUUUUGUACACUCAGUGUAAGUUGUGCUUCGAAAAAUAAAGGAUGAAAUACUGGAGUUCAAGCUAGGGAAAGAUAUGGAAAUUGCUCUGCUCGUCAAUUAGUGGAUUGAGUCUUUUUAUCUAUAGAUUUACUAAAGGAGUCUCUUCUCUCCACCAACACGAAGCGAACCUCAGACUGCAGGAGGCUGGCUCAAUGUCAGGAUAGCCUAGUGCUAUCAGAAUCCCCCUUUCUCCCACCUCCACACCUCUUUUACGGUUCCACGUUCUCCUUCUUUUUGUCUUUCAGUUGAGAGGAGUGUGAUGUGAUUCUCCCUGCUCACCUCAUCCCCCUCUCCUCCUCCUCCCCCUUGUAUAAUUAGAGCUUCGUGUUUUAAAGAUCAGCCGAGCGCUGACGGGGCAUUUUCUCUCUCUCCCCCACCCCCCUCCGUCUUUCUCUCUCUCUCUUAUUCUCUCGCUCUCCUUACCUCUCCCAGGGCUGCGGAAGCACGACGUUUGCUUUCUGGUCACGGUGCGGCCCAACCUGCCCUACGGCACACGCUUCGACCGUCGCCAGCCCUUUGUGGAGCAGACAGGCCUGGCCUAUGUGAGGGGCUGCGAGGUGCAGGGCAUGCUUGACGACAAGGGUCGCGUCAUUGAGGAAGGUUGGCUGGCACACACAACGGGCAUCUAUACACACACAGGCGUACAUAUAUACACACACACACACACACAAAGAAGUGCAUGCAUACACAUAUAUUUCCCACCGUCACACAACACCCACACCCCGCCCAUACACACUCACAAACUCAUGUCACACACCCUUCCCCUCAUCCUCCUCCGACCCCCUAAUCUCCAGCCCUUGAGGUCUAGGUGGGUGGUCAUGGUGACACUGAGACCUGACCUGUUCGCAUUAACGUUCCAUUAACUUUAGGGAUACCCAUCGCACCUGAACGCCUCUCAAUGUUUUAUUUAUUUAAUUUUACUGGGACAUGUUAUAUGACGGGCAUCUCUAGACUCCAGAAUACCAUGACAGCCAUAGUCUCAAAUCCAUCCUAUUGAAGCUGUGACUGGGCUUGCCAUGUCUUAUUUCCCCUGUGGUUUGGCUUUCAAAGGAGACUUUCGGACAUGAAACCCCUCAAUGUGGAUCCAAGGUUAGUUUUGCAUUUCCCCUACCAAUGUAGAUGGGUUAGCUGGUCCUAGAUCUGUAGAUGGGUUAGCUGGUCCUAGAUCUGUAGGUGGGUUAGCUGGUCCUAGAUCUGUAGGUGGGUUAGCUGGUCCUAGAUCUGUAGGUGGGUUAGCUGGUUCCUAGAUCUGUAGGUGGGUUAGCUGGUUCCUAGAUCUGUAGGUGGGUUAGCUUGGUCCUAGAUCUGUAGGUGGGUUAGCUGGUUCCUGGAUCUGUGUAGGUGGGUUAGCUGUGUGGUUCUGGUCUAGAUCUGUAGGUGGGUUGGCUGUCCUAGAUCUGUAGGUGGGUUGGGUUGUCCUAGAUCUGUAGGUGGGUUAGCUGUGUCCUAGAUCUUAGGUGGGUUAGGGUUAGAUGGUUUAGCUGUCUUAGGUGGUGGGUUAGCUGGUUCCUAGAUCUGUAGGUGGGUUAUGGUCCUAGAUCUGUAGUGGUUAGCUGGUCCUGAUCUGUAGGUGGGUUGGUGGCUUAAUCUGUAGUGGGUUAGCUGGUCAAUUCUGUAGUGGGUUAGCUGUCCUAGAUCUGUAGGUGGGUUAUGGGGAUUGUAGGUGGUUAACUGGUCCUAGAUCUGUAGGUGGGUUAGCGCUCUGUUGGGCUGGUCCUAAUCUGUAGGUGGGUUAGCUGGUCCAGAUCUGUCCCUUAGCUGUCCAUACACUGAAGGUGUAGCUGGUCCACACUGUCGUGGGGUGGGUUAGCUGGUCCUGAUCCGUAGGGUCGGUGCUGUCCUAGAUCUGUAGGUUGGGGUCAGGUUGGUGGUCCAAUGUGGUGGGGUAAGCUGUCCUAGAUCUGUUGUGGGUUAGCUGUUCCAUGGAUACUGUUAGGGGGUGGGUAGCCAUCCAAUCUGAGGUCUGCUCGUCAGAUUGUGUGGGUUACUGUUUUAGAUUUUACGUGGGUACUGGUUCUAGAUCGGGGUUAGCUGGUCUAGAUCUGUAGUCGUUAGCUGUCCUAAUCUGUAGUUGGUAGCUGGUCCUGACUGUAGGGGGUUGCUGUCCUAGAUUUACGUGUGGUUGCUGUUCCUAAUCUGUAGGUGGGUUCUGGUAUCUAGAACUGUAGUGGGACUUGUCCAGAUCUGUAGGUGGUUGCUGUCCUAGAUCUGUAUGGGGUUAGCUGGUUCCUAGAUCUGUAGGUGGGUUAGCUGGUCCUGGAUCUGUAGGUGGGUUAGCUGGUCCAAGAUCUGUAGGUGGGUUAGCUGUUCCUGGAUCUGUAGGUGGGGUGGGUUAACUGGUCCUGGAUCUGUAGGUGGGGUCGGUUGGCUGGUUCCUAGAUCUGUAGGUGGGUAGUUGCUGGUUCCUAGAUCUGUAGGUGGGGUGGGUUAGCGUCUCUAGAUUUGUAGGUGGGUUAGCUGGUUCCUGGAUCUGUAGGUGGGUUAGUUGGUCCUAGAUCUGUAGGUGGGUUAGCUGGUCCUAGAUCUGUAGGUGGGUUAGCUGGUUUAUAGAUCUGUAGGUGGGUUAGCUGGUUCCUAGAUCUGUAGAUGGGUUAGCUGGUUUCUAGAUCUGUAGGUGGGUUAGCUGGUUUCUAAUCUAGGUGGGUUAGCUGGUCCUAGAUCUGUAGGUGGGUUAGCUGGUCCUAGAUCUGUAGGUGGGUUAGCUGGUCCUGGAUCUGUGGUGGGUUAUGUCUAGAUCUGGUUAGCUGUCGAUCUGUAGGUGUGGGUUAGCUGGUCCUGGAUCUGUAGGUGGGUUAUCUGGUCCUUAGCUGGUCCUACAUCUGUAGGUGGGUUAGCUGGUCCUACAUCUGUAGGUGGGGUGGGUUAGCUGGUCCUGGAUCUGUAGGUGGGGUCGGUUGGCUGGUCCUAGAUCUGUAGGUGGGGUAGGUUGGCUGGUCCUAGAUCUGUAGGUGGGGUGGGUUAGCUCGUCCUAGAUUGUAGGUGGGUUAGCUGGUUCCUGGAUCUGUAGGUGGGGUGGGUUAGCUCGUCCUAGAUCUGUAGGUGGGUUGUCGUCUAGACGUAGGGGUAGCUGGUCUAGAUCUGUAGGUGGGUUAGCUGGUUUCCUAGAUCUGUAGGUGGGUUAGCUGGUUCCUAGAUCUGUAGGUGGGUUAGCUGGUCCUAGAUCUGUAGGUGGGUUAGCUGGUCCUAGAUCUGUAGGUGGGUUAGCUGGUCCUAGAUCUGUAGGUGGGUUAGCUGGUCCUAGAUCUGUAGGUGGGUUAGCUGGUCCUAGAUCUGUAGGUGGGGUGGGUUAGCUUGUCCUAGAUGUGUAGGUGGGGUGGGUUAGCUGGUCCUGGAUCUGUAGGUGGGUUAACUGGUCCUAGAUCUGUAGGUGGGUUAGCUGGUCCUAGAUCUGUAGGUGGGUUAGAUGGUCUAAGAUCUGUAGGUGGGUUAGCUGGUCCUGUAUCUGUAGGUGGGGUGGGUUAGCUGGUCCUGGAUCUGUAGGUGGGUUAGCUGGUCCUGGAUCUGUAGGUGGGGUAGGUUGGCUGGUCCUAGAUCUGUAGGUGGGGUAAGUUGGCUGGUCCUAGAUCUGUAGGUGGGGUGGGUUAGCUCGUCCUAGAUCUGUUGUUGGGUUGGCUGGUCCUAGAUCUGCGCCUACAACAGGCAACUUGUACCCAGAGCCUUCCUCUUCCACCGGCAGAGCUCAGAGAUGUUUAUUGGACUGGAUAUAAUAUCAGGUUAACCUCCAGACAUGGUAUCCUAAGUGUUCCUUCCUCCUGUCUGAACAUGUGGUGGUGUGUACCUCUACCAAACCACUAUGUCCCCUUGCUUCUCUCCUCUCCAUAUUCCCACUGUAUUAAAAAUGUAGAGAGUGGUGCUAACUGGGCCAGGGUGUAUGUAGUAACGAGCCUAGUGCUGUUGCCUAGUGCUGUUUAAACUUUCAGAUGCCCACAGGGCCGAGACACGGACAAUCAUGUCACAUGUAUCGCCGGGCGCUUUGUGUGAAGUGGCACCAUCAUUUUGAUUUAUUUAUUUAUCCUCCAUUUACUCAGCAACUCCAUUGAGAUUUAAAAGCUAUUAUACAAGGGGGCUUUUUGGCCUGGCCAAACUUGCUAUAAACUGUGAAACUAGGUGAAGUAAAGCUGGAAUGAGCUCAAAGAUACAAACACCUCAAUCUGAUUUUGGCUACUUUUCCCUAAUGGCUACCUGCCCGCCUGCCGGGCUACCUGCCUGCCUACCUGCCUGCCGGGCUACCUGUCUGCCUACCUGCCUGCCUGCUUGGCUCUCCAGCUGUCCUCAGCCUGUUAUCACAGUGGGUUUAGUGCCCUCCUUCCACCCACUCAUCCGUCAAUCGCACCACACUCGUUUUAGUAGAGCGGAUUUAAAGGAAAUGCAUGGGUCAGAGGCCACCUGGCUUGUUUCACCACCAGGGCUCUGUACUAUGGCAUCAUGCAAGAAUCCCAUUUAAAUGUUUGUGAAAUGCGAGACACACAAACUCACACAGAGGCUUCCAAUGGGAAUCAGUCUAAAGCCUCUGGCCUGUGUGUGCGAGACACAUGAGAAUGUAAUGGGUCUUGUUGCUGAGAUGGGAGAUGAGUAGCCUGGACCAGGAUAGCUUAGCUGUCUCGGGGACCAGGGAAGAUGCCCUGGCAUUUAUGAAAUUAUAGGCAUACGAUGUCUUCUAAAAUGGGCUGGCAUUUUGGGGGGGGGGUCUGGCCAAUGUAGCUAAUGCUCUCUGAUUUCAAGGACAGUGGUCCUCUCUUUCAUUUCUCUUGCUCCAUCUUUCUUUUGCGCUCUCGAUCAUUCUCUCUUUCUCUCUCGCUCUCUCUCUCUCCCUCUCUCCCUCUCUCUCUCUCCCUCUCUCCCUCUCUCCCUCCCUCCCUCCCCUUGGUUGUUACAUAAACUAUGAACAUUGCCAGGCUCAUAUACCCACCAUACAUCAUUAGUGUCUACUAGUCAUGUAUUGGAUAGUAGAUACAAUCUUGAGAAUUAAUUAAACCUCCAAAUUAAUUUUGUAUUCCGGGAUUAGUUGAGUUGCAUGUCACACGAUCACUAACGGCCUUUUAACAAGUACAUUCGGAUAGCCACCAAUUGCUUCACCCUCAUGUUGGUGCUAGCAAGCAGGCUAGGUAGUGCUAGGUAUCAACAGCCAAUCCAGUAGGGGCUGGAAACUAUAGUGAACUUCGAUUGGUCAGUCAUGACACGAUGUCGCGGAGUGGAUGUGGAUCUCUUGUGGAAGCAUAGCAUAAGAGUCUGCUUUGCAUUCCUGUUCCCCCCCCUCCAAACCAUACAACACUAGCUGACUGUAGCUACCAUGAGAUGAUAUACACAAAGUUAUUCUUUAACUGGUCUCCUCCCCUUCAUCUGCACUGAUUUGAAGUGGAUUUAACAGGUGACAUCAAUAAGGGAUCAUAGGGUUCACCUUGUCAGUCUAUCAUGGAAAGAGCAGGUGUUCCUAAUGUUUUGUACACUCAGUGUAAGUUGUUCUAGCAAAGAGUAAUGCUUCGAAAAAUUAUUGAAGGCUAAAAUCAAUAGCUUCAAAUAUUAAACCUUUAAAAUUAAUAAUCAUGUCAUAUUUUUUUCUUGAAUUCCCUUUUUUUUCUGCUAUCCUAUUCUAGCUGGAAAUGUACAGGUUUAA